AAUAGACUUAUUUUCUCACGGUUGAUACCAAGCGGUUCCUUUAGAGGUUAUAAAUUUGUCUCGUAAUUUUACAAAACUGAGGAAACUAUUGUAAUUAGUCAUGUUUUCGGGCAAGGUCGUAUUAAUUACGGGUGCAAGCUCUGGUAUCGGUGCCGAAACAGCUUUAGACUUCGCAAAAUUAGAAGCAAAUUUGGUAUUAACUGCAAGAAAUAAAGAGAACUUGGAAAAAAUUAGUGCAGAAUGCGAACACGUUUCACCCAAUAAGUUAAAACCUCUUGUGGUGGUAGCUGAUGUCACUAAGGAGAGUGAUAUUAAAAAUAUUAUCGACAAAACUAUUAAUCAGUUCAAUAAGCUCGAUGUUCUUGUGAAUAAUGCAGGAAUACUCGCUGCCGGCUCAAUUGAGAAUACUUUUUUAGAUCAAUAUGAUUCUGUUAUGAACACAAAUGUACGUGGACCGUACUUAUUAACUAUGCUUGCCACUCCAUAUCUUGUUAAAACCAAAGGCAGUAUAGUAAACGUUUCUAGUGUAGCAGGAUUACGAUCGUUUCCUAACGUUCUAGCAUAUUGCAUUUCUAAAGCAGCGCUGGAUCAAUACACACGUUGUGUUGCCCUUGAACUAGCACCAAAAGGGAUCAGAGUCAAUGCCGUUAAUCCGGGCGUCAUUUUAACCGGCAUUCAUUUAAAAGGUUCCAUGAGUCAGCAAGAAUAUGAGAUCUAUUUGGAGAAAUGCAAAAGCACUCAUGCUCUCGGAAGACCUGGGGAGACAAAAGAAGUGUCAUCUGUCAUAACGUUUUUAGCUAGUGAUUCGGCAAGUAACAUUACCGGAGUCACAAUACCUGUAGAUGGUGGACGUCAUGCUAUGUGCCCGCGUUAGGGCAGACCUUAAAAUAAUCAUCAAAAGGGUUAAAAAUGAAAUUAAUCGAAUUUACAACGAUUAUAAGUUGAAGAAUAAACGAUUACAAGAUGAA